AUGACGAUUAAGCUGGUCAUUGGGGGGUUCACGUUCCAUGUGUGUAGUAUUUAUGUGCCGCAGAUGGGAUUGAAAGGGGAGGUGAAAGCGAUAUUUUGGGAGACUUUGGAUGAGGUGGUGAGAAGCGUGCCUAGCUCGGAUAAGAUUGUCAUAGCGGGGGACUUCAAUGGGCACAUUAGGGUUUUAUCGAAAGGUUAUGAUGAUGUGGAUAGAGGUUUUGGUUUUGGUGAUAGAAAUUGUGAAGGGGUUGCUCUGCUGGAUUUUACGAGGGCCUUUGGGCUGAUGGUAGUGAAUUCGAGCUUUUCAAAGGAGGAUCACCUAAUUACCUUCCGAAGCGUGUUAGCCAAGACUCAGAUUAACUUUCUGCUACUUAGGAAAGGGGAUAGGGUUUUUCUGUAA